GUACGUCAUUUUUAAAUCCAAAAAGAACUGGGGGGUCAUUUUCAAAAAUACAUUUGUGAAUAUAAAAUAUUGCAGAUAUUAAACCGUUAAUGCCAAUUUCUGUUUUAAAAUGUGUGCUUUUAUUUUUCAAUUGGAUUCACAUCCGGUUUCACAAACCAUGUGGUUUUCUGAAGUCUGACUUCAACCAAUAAAAUGCUUUGUUUUCUCUACGUCACACCAAGUAGCCAAUGAACGUGCGGGUAAUGGGAGGGCAACGUCCACUUUUGGAGUUUGAAUUUUCGGAGAAGAAACUAUCAUUGAGUUACAGAAAAGGAGCCUGGCGCCCAAAGGAUUUCAACAUGAGUUGGGCUGUGGAGGAGUGGAAAGAUGGACUUCCAGGGAAAGCCCUCCAGAAGAUCCAGGAGAUGGAAAGUCAGCUGGACAAGCUAAAGAAAGAAAGGACACAGAAACAGUUUCAGUUGGACUCCUUAGAAGCUGCCCUCCAGAAACAGAAGCAAAAGGUGGACAGUGAACGAACAGAGAUCUCUGCUUUGAAACGGGAAAACCAGUCUUUAGUGGAGUCCUGUGAUGCUGUGGAAAAAGCUCGUCAAAAGGCUGUCCAUGACCUUGGAGUCAAGGAACAACAGGUGAGCUACCUGGAUGGUCAGCUAAACUCCUGCAAGAAGACAAUAGAUCGACUGGAGCAGGAGUUAAAAAAGUACAAAAAUGAGUUGGAUCGCUCUCAGCCAGCCAACUCUUCUGCACUGUCAUCUUCAUCCUCUGAACUCCAUUCUUACAACACUCCUCAGAAGAGUUUUGCAACCCCAGCACCGGCCUCAGCGUACAAACAUCAGGAUAACAGACUAGAAGAACUCCAUGAGAAAUACAAUCAAGAAGUAGAGGAAAGAAAAAGGCUGGAAACUGAGCUCAAAGUCUUACAAGUCAAACUCCUCAGUCAGUCCUCGGCUUCUGUCAGUCACAAGGACAUUGCUGCUCGUCAGGCUGGAUCCUCCAUAUUCCCAUGGCAGGAUCAAGUCCACAGCCGCCAGUCUCUGGAUGUGAAGGAAACACCCCUGAAGAGGCGAGGAACGUCCCUGUGGGACGCCCAUGAGGAGACGCCAAUUAAAUCCAGUCAGCACAUGAACUCGUCCAGGACAUCUCAGAGUCCAAGUGGAAGCUCCCAACAUAUGGAGCAACUUAAAUCUCUGAACCAAGAACUACGCGGCAGAGUGUCAGAACUUGAGAGAAAUCUGUCCAAUCAGGAAAAAGAAAUUCGUACCCAGGCUUUAAAACUGCAGGAGCUGCAAACUCAGUUGAGCAAAGCCCACAAAGACCUGGCAGAACGAGACCGAGACGUGGCCAAGGCCAGCCAGGAGCUGAACCAAGCCACAGACCGACACCAACAGCUGGAGGCCAAGUAUUCUGCAGUUGAGCAGAAGAUGAAACAAGUCAGUGAAGAGCUGAGCUGCCAGAGACACAAUGCUGAAAGCUGCAAGCAAACGCUGGAGCAGAAACUCAAGGACCAAGAGAGGAACAGCCAGAAGGACUUGGCUCAGCUUCAAAGUUCACAUCAGGCUUUGGAUCAAGAGCUGAACCAAACCAGAACCAAGCUCACACAAGCGGUCCAACAGUCCAAAAAAGAUUACAAUGUUCUGCAGGCUGACAUGGAGAAGAUGCGUUUCCAGAAGAGUCAACUGGAAAAAGAGAUGGAGGAGCAGAAACUAAAACUGUUACGGUCAGAACAAAGCCUGCAAGCGAGCCAGACCAAAGAACUGGACCUCCGCAAGAAAAUGGAGGAGCUGCAGAGAGAGAAGAACACUUUGACCGUUCAGUUGGACCAAAGCAACAGACGUCUGUCUCAACUGGAAGAAGAGAAGAAGACUUCCGAGCAAAGCCUCAAACGCACCCAAGGAUUAUUGGAUGAUAUCAAAGCAAAGUCAGAAGGACAGAUGGAGGAGCUGAAGAAGCUUCAGUCUAAACUUCAGCAGCAGACUCAGACCUCGGAACGGGAGCUGGAGCACCUGAAGAAAACACUUUCUGAUGCAGAAGCCAAACAUGAAAAAGCUCAGAAUGAACUCCAGAAGCAGAAGCAAGAGCUGGAGAGGCUGUGCAACAGGGUGUCCGUCUUUGAGUCGGAGAGCCAAGAGCUGAAGUCCAGCCUCACUGUGAGCCAGAACGAGUGCAAGACCCUGAAGGAAGAGCAUCAAGCUCUGCUGGAGUGGAAGAACGCCAAGGAGACGCUCAUAAAUGAAACUGAAGCUCUGCAGAAGAACCUUAAAGACCAAAUCAACAGUUUGGAGAGAAACCUCGGCUCAAUGAAUGAGGCUAAUGCGGAACUUCAGAGGAAGCUCGUGCUUACAGAAGGAGAGAAGGGGACUCUUUCUGCUCACAUCGACUCUUUGAAAGGAGAACUCCUCAAUAAAUGCACAGAGUUGGAGGAGAGAGAGCAUCAGUAUAAGACGCUCCAGAGCCAGCUCUCUGAAGCCGGACAAAAGCACACCAAAGAUCUGGAAAAUGUUGGCGUCCAAGUGACUCGGCUUGAAGCUCAGAUCACAGAGUUAGAGUUGCGUCUGAAAAAGGAAACUGCUCGAGCCGAAUUUGCUGAGAAGACGAACACGGAGCUGCAGGAGGAACAUCAGGCUGCCUGUGAUCUGGUGCGCGACCAGCUGAUGGAGCUGGGCCAGGCCGAGAACAGCCAGCUGAGAGAGAGUCUUGGUCGGGUCACUGCACAGCUGGAGGAGCAAAAUUCCAGGUUUGCAGAGGAGAAGGCAGUCCUGCUGAAACAGUGUGAGGAGAGUGUCUCAGCCAAAGCCGAGGAGAAUGAGCACAUCAAGCUGGAGGUGGAGGAGGCCAAGCAGGAGCUGCUGCUCUGCAAAAGCCAGGUCACGUCCAUGGAGCAAUUGUUGAAGGUCCAGGAGCAGCUUGGAGCUGAGCUGCAGAAGGAAAUUAAAACAAUGUCUGAAGUUGAGGGGGAACUCAAAAAGAUGUAUGAGAAACAAUCGGAGGAGCUAACCCAGCUGGAGAAGGAGCUGAAAGAUCAGCUGAGCCACACUGAGGAGAAAGCGCAGCAGCUCAGAGAGUCGGAAGUACAGAAGGAGGUUGUGGAGAAACAAAGAGAUGAGCUGGAAAAAACUGUUCAGCACGUGAGGGAAGAGGCAGAGAUGCUACAACAGAGUCACACUGUGAAACUCACCGCUCUGCAGCAGCAGAUUUCUUCUCUAGAAGAAGAGGUCGCCACUAACAAGGAUGCAGCCGAGGAGCUUCCACUCCUGAAGAACAAACUGGAUCUGGCCAAUCAGUCCAUCGCUGACCUAAAAAAAUCCCUAGAAGAUCUUGAAAGGAACCUCCUCUCUGCAAAUGAUAAUACUGCUAAUCUGAACAGCACGCUGGCUGAAAAGAUCAAUCUAAUCUCAUCGUUGGAGAAAGAGAUCAAAGAUCUUGCAGAUAGAAUGGGUGAAGAGUCCAAGAAACACGUUUUAGAGAUGGAAGGUUUGCUUGAUAAAGAGAGAAGCUUGAAGGAGCAGCUAGAAGCCAGCAGGAAGUCCGUGGCUGUGGGGAAGGCAGAAUUAAACUCUCGGAGGGAAGAAAUCAAAACCAUGAAGACGACUCUGUCUGCCGCCUCUCAGGGUUUGAAAGAGAGGGACGCCACGAUCACGAGUCUUCAGGAGAAAUUGGACAAAGUGGAGGCGGAGCUGGCCAAAACCUCAGACCUCCUCAAAGAGAAGAUUGUCUCCAUGAACAAAAUAACGGUGCAGCUAGAGAUGCUGCAGAUGGAUCUAGAAGACAACGAGACGGCCAUGAACACUGUGGACAAUCAAGUGGAGGAGCUGAAAGAAACUAUAGCAGCGAUGGAGGCCCAGCUUGCUCACAAUCAGAGUCAAAUGUCAGAGAUGGAGGCCAGGCUGGAGGAAAGCAAAGCCCAGGUGUCUGUCUUGGAAACCCGUCUAGACGAGGUUCAGUCUCAGAACUCCUUGUUGGAGACGAAGUACGUCACUGCCAAAGAGGAGCUGUUUGAAAGGAGCUGUGAAAUCACUCGCCUGGAGGAGGAGGCCAUCAGGAGGGAGCAGCUCGAAGAGAAGCUCAUGACAUUAGAGUCUCAGCUCGAACAAGCGGAGGAGGCAAAGGUCAAAUCGGAGACGGCACAAAGGCUGAUAAUUCAGGACAAAGACCUCAGCCUUAGUCUAAUGAUUCAGGAGAAGGAAAACCUCCAGCUUUUGAUGAACCGCUUACAGGAUGAUCAUAAAAAAGUUGACACUGAGAUGAUUCUGAUGAAGGAAGAGAAGAAGCAGCUUGAAGCCAGAGUGGACAAACUGUGUGAGGACAACGAUCAGCUGCAGGCCAGAGUUAAAGAGUUGGUUGAAGCCAAGAAGCAAACAGAAGCUAAAGUUGAUGAAAUGGCUCAAGAAGCUGAAUUUGCUCUCCAUCAAGUUCUUGAAGAGAAAAGUCAUUUAGAGGGUAGUUUAAUCCUGAUGAAUGAGGAAAAAGCUCAGCUUGAGGACAAACUCCUGUCACUGACCUCUGAGAAAAGUGACCUGGUUUCAAAUGUCAAUCAUUUGCAACAAGAGAAGCUUCAGUUGGAAAUCAAUUGCAAUCAGUUCAGCGAGGAAAACGAAAAACUGAAGUUCAGUUUGAGUCAAGCGUCUGAGGAGAAGCAGCAGUUGGAAGCCAAAAUAGAGAAGCAGGAGAAGGAGAAAGCGUCUCUCAGAGAGGAGAACCACUCCCUCCUGCUGUCCGCACAGGACUCCCAGAGACUGAGGGAGCAACUCGACACAAAGAGCAGCGAGGAACAUGAAAGGAGACAGCAGUUUGAGGCUGAGCAUGCAGAACUUCUGCAGAAACUUGCAGCCUUACAGAAGGAGCUGACUGUAUUCAAGCAGCAGUGUGACUUCCUGCAGGAGCAAGUGGGUCAACAGCACAACCUCAUACAGCAGCUCUCUGAAUCCCCAAAAACCCCGGACCCAUCAGACGUUCCCAAUCAUCCCAUGAGCACAGAAUUGGAUGUGAUUUCCCUGCAUGAGGCAGGAGAAAAUUCAGAACUUGAUGCAAACAUUAGCACAAGUUCUGACUCACAUCCUUUAAAUGGAUCAAGUGAUGCCUCUAUAAUGAGAGAACCUUCCCAGUACUCAGUUUUCAGUGAGGAUCAGCUGCUGUCCAGGGAGGAAUUCCCUGACCAAGAGAUGGUCCAAGAUCACGUGGGGAGUGAGAGACAGAAGGAAUGGGAUGGAGAUGUGGAGGAAAUGAGUAAAGAGGACCAACUACCUCAGUCUCAGGCACAUGAGGCGAGCUGCAGCUCCAGAAAUGAUCAAGAAAAUGAUCCUGUUAUCUGUGAUCUUUCUCAGUCAUUCAGAAAUGAGACGGAACAGCUGACACCUCCUGCAUCAGAGUUGGAGAAAGAUGACCUUUAUCAGUACCAGGAAAUCAUCUCAAAACAACAGCAAGAACUCCAGGAUUUGCGUUCAGAGUUGGACUGUCUGAACUCUGACCUUGAAGUAAGAAAAGAGAUGACCUCUGAACUACAAAUUCAGGUUCAGAACCUUGAGAAGAAAGUCGGUGUUGCAGAGGAGGAAGCACGCGGUGCAGCUCACCAGCUUCAGCAGGCUUUAGAGACGAAGAACAGCCUUUCUUCAGAACUGACUCAGCUCUCUGAGGAGAAGGAGACUUUAACUUUGCAGCUUCAAACGUCUCAAAGUCAGCUGACUGAUGCUAUGGAGAUGCUGCAAGGUCUUGAUAUGGCCAAAGGUGGAUGGGAUGAGAAGUUUCUUCAGCAGGAGAGUGAGCUGAAGAGGGUUCGCUCUGAAAAGGCUAACCUGGAGCAACACAUCCUGGGAAUGGAGGCGGAGCUGGAGAGCAUGCAGGUGGAGAGCUCCAGACGUAAAGAGGAAAUAGAAGCUCAAAGGAGAACGUGCUCAGCCAUGGAGCAACAGAUGGAAACCCUCCAGACAGAGAUAAUCCAGCUCAGAUCUGAGAUUGUGUCCUGCACUGAGGAGCGGGAUGAGUUGACCCAGUCUGUGGCUCGUUGGAGAGACCAAGUCAACUGCUUGGAGAAAUCUAACUUUGACAUCCGGGGUUUGAUUUCCAUCCUGGAAGACGACAUCCGAGCUGGAAAGAAAGAGUAUGAAGCUCUGCAGAGCAGCAUGGACAAACUGAAGGAGGAGAAGGAGCAGCUGGUGGAGCAGGUUAAGGUGUUGGAGGCGGCUAUUUCUCAGCAGCAUGGGGAGAAAGAGGAGCUGCUUGGCCAUCUUAACCAGUUUAAAGAAGAUCGGACUUCAGCUGAUCAAAGCUCAGAGUCCAUGGUUGGCAAGAUACAGGCUCUGGAGGGGGAGGUGUGCCGACUCUCUCAGUCUCUGGAGUCGUCACUGUUGGAAAAAGGAGAGAUUGCCUCGCGUCUGAAUUCCACUCAGGACGAAGUUGUGCAGAUGAGGACCGGCAUCGAGAAGCUGCAGGUCCGCAUCGAAUCAGAUGAGAGGAAGAAGAAGAAGAUGGGAGAGUUGCUUAAAGCUGCACAGAGAAAAUCGGACUCACUGCAGGAUCGCAUUGAGGCUCUGGAGCGAGAGAAGGAAGAUUUAGAGGAAAGUCUGGAGCAAACUGUGCUGCAGGGAGAAACGUUUAAAGCUGAGCUGGAGGAGGAGAGGAGAAAGGUGGAGGAGGAGAAGGAAGAGCUCAGCAACAAACUAUCUGAGCUAUCUGCCUCUUUGGAUCAUCUGAUGGCUGAGAAAGUUCAAAUGGAAAUAGAGCUUCAAGCAAAAAGCAGAGAAAUAGAGGAGCUGAAGGCUGUCAAGGACGAGCUGGAGAACAGGUUGGAGAGGGCAGAGCAGGAGAGAAGAGAGAAAGAAGAGGACCUUAAAAACAAGGUAGAUGAGCUCGAGAAGGUCAUGAGAGAGGAAGCCGAGAUGCAAAAUAGAAAAGUUGAUGACCUUCAGGCACUGCUACAAGCCUCUCAGCAAAGAGAAGUUCUGGUUGAGCAAACGAGCGAAGACAUGAAAGAAGAAAAAGAGAAGAUGCAGAGCUUGUUGGAAGAGAUGAAGAAGGAGAAACAGACUCUACAGAGUUCUCUGGAGGAGUGGCAAACAAAUUCACAACAGCUUCGCUCUCAGGAAGAGGAGUGGGAAAAAGAAAGAAACAACCUGAGGGCCAGCAAUGAGUUGCUGGAAGAAGAAAUAAAUAAGAUGAAGACUUCCUUAAGAGUUAAAGAAGAGGAAAUGUCUGCUUUGGAAAAAGAAAAGGAGGCGGAGGCAACUCAAAGACAAGCUACAUUAAAUUCUCUUGUGGAGGAGAAGGAGCAGGUGGAGAGGGUAAAUCUACAACUGGUAGAAGAAAAGGAGAAACUGCAGUCAGGCCUGCUGUCAUUGGAGCAGGAGAUGGAUAAUCUGCGCUGCAGCCUGAUUCCUUUAGGAGAAGAGAAGGACAGACUGGAUCAUGAGAGGAUCGUUUUAGCAGAGGAGAGAGUGAAGCUUCAGUCGGACAUCGCCGCCUUAGAAAAAGAGAAAUGUGAUUUGGAACAAAAGCUCUAUGUGGUGAAACAAGAAAAGCUGGAUGCUGAGAAAGACAAGCAAAUGCUGGAGUCAGAAAAACAGGAAGUGUGCUCCUCCCUUCAUCUGGUUGAAGAAGAGAAGAAAAAUCUGUCCUUAGCUUGCUCCUUGCUGGAACAAGAGAAGCAUCAGGCUCAAGAGGAGAAAGAGAAGCUCAAAGGAGAACUAGAGAGCCUUCAGAAAGCUUUUGCCUCCGCAGAGAGAGAAGUGGAAACACACAAGCAGUCCAUCACUAAGCUGAGUGAACAGGUGUCUGAAUUGACGACUCGUGCAGCUCGUUUGUCUAAAGAAAGAGACUCCGCCCUAAGCAAGAUGAACCUUUGGAUGAAGACGUGCAGACAGCUGGAGCAGGAAAAGCAAACCAUUCUAACCAGCUCAGGAGAAAAGGGGAACAAGGAGGACCUGCAAGCUGAAGUGACCCAGCUGAGAUCAGAGGCAGAAGAGAGAAAAAGACAAGUAGAAGAACUGAAGAUGGUUGUUGAGAAUAAAAAGACAGAAGUUGAAGAUCGACUUCAGGAGUGUCGAGAAAAACAGAGAGAGUUGGAAGAACUUCAGGCUGACCUUAAAGCAAAGACUGAGGAGAUUCGGGAGAAGGAUGGAGAGCUGGAGAAAACCAGAGCAGAGCUGGAGGAGAUGAACACACUCGCUGAGGAGAAAAGCAGAGAGGCAGACGAGUGCAUGGACAAAUACUGCAGCCUGAUGGUGAAAGUCCACAAGCUGGAAGAGACCAACGACUCACUGAAAACUCGACUGGAACAGAUGAGCACUAAUCAACACGCCAGCACUUCAGACAACCGCAGGCGUUCAGCCAGGAAGUCCUCCUCUAGACAUCAGGAAGAAAACAGCAACACAGAGAACACAGCUCCUUCAACACCUCAGGCGGCCUCGUCAGGGAAGAGGAGUCACGGUGACAUCAACGAUAAAGAAAGUGCUCAGGAGGCCCUGCACAAUCUGACUAAAAAAAUCAAAGCCAACGCCGUGACCACGCCCAAACCGAGGAACGACGAGGAGGAGUUCAGACCAGAGGGGCUUCCUGAGCUGGUGCAAAAAGGGUUUGCUGAUAUUCCUCUGGGAGAGGCCAGUCCAUUCAUCAUCAGGAGAACCACAGCCAAGCGCUGCAGCCCGCGGCUGGCAGCCAGGAACACACUACCCGAUGGAAAGAGUCCUACUGGUUUGUCACCUGACAGCUCCAAAGGAAACCAGCAGCUUCCACGAGAACCACAGCAGGGAGACAACUGUCACGUUCAAUAGACUAUUCUAUGCACAUCACAAAUGCACAUAUUUACUUCCUACUUUUUUUUUUCUUUUUGUCCCACAAAUUACACUUAAAAAAUGUUUUCACCUAAAUUACUUUUUAUGUAGAGGUGGAGGCCUUCUCUUUUGGUGUUUUUAUUAACUUCUUUCACAUCAUAAAAGGUUUCUAAUAGCUUUUGGUUGCUUAACAUAAUGCAAACUAACAGACCGUAAAGUUUUCAUUACAUCUUCAUAUCCAACUGUUCUCUAUAUGAAGUUGGAUUCUUAAACAUCACAGCAACCUUUUAAGUGUAAAGUCACCAGUUUAGGAGAGUUUGUUCCUUUCACAGUUUCUGUGUUUUGUUUGGUCUGAUUCUCUAAAAGUUCUUUCUAUCUGUUCUCACUCCACUUGUUUAGUCGUUCAGUGAGUUUGAUCUGCUCUACACUCUGUUUCCUGUCUAACGCAUCACUUGGCAGCUAACUUUUAAAAUUGUAUCCACUUACUGUUCCCCUUUUUACUAAAUAUUUGUAUAUUUUUUAUUCUAACUUCAAUUUUUUAGGCAUAGAUUGGAUGUAAGGAUUCUUGUACAUAGUUUUUUUUUCCAUUUUCUUUUAAUAAACAUUUUUUAACUCUGUUUUUGCAGUG